AUGAAAAGUGACGUUUUAAGGGUGUAUUUUCCAUUACCAAGUACUGCUACUGAAGUUUUGCAUAUGACUAAUGUACCAGAUUGUUCAAAUUCUAUUUUACAAGACAUAUCAUAUCCUACAAGUUUAGUAACAUUGAGUUCAAAUUUAGAAAUACCAUUAGAUAAAUCGCCUUAUUCCAACAACUCUAAAUAUGGGUCAUAUAAACCAAUUUCGUGGACAAUUGAAACGAUGUUAAAUCUAUUGCACACAACAAAUGAUGGUAGGUACAUUCUUGCAGAUAGUGUGAAAAAUAGUGGAAAUUUAUCUGAUAAUUCAAAAAAUUUAUUGACACACCUCUUAAUUAACCAUCUUUUACAAGACCAGCACAAAGGAAAUGAUUUGUUCUUCAGAAAAAUUGCAGAGCUGAUAGUGGAAGUUUUUCCAAAAGAACAAAAGUCUGUUUAUUUUAUCCCGUCAAAAACUGAAGGCAGUCAUCAAACGCAUGCAAAAGGAAAUUUAAUUGAGAGAUGGAAGAAUGUUGCACGUAGGCUAAAAUUUGUUGGUGCUAUUUCGUAUGAUAGAGUAAAGCCAUCAAAAACUGUAAAUACAAUAUCCCAGUAUAUACAUUUUUCUGAUGAAGUUCUUGAGGUUAAAAAAUGGCUUAUUUCUGAUGGGCUAAAUUUUAAUUUAUGCGAUAUUGGAGACAAGUGGGAAUUCACCUUUAACUUAAGGAAAAAUGACAAAUUUGAUUUAACUUCCUUAUCUGAUGUGUUUAAAGCUUGGCCAAUAUUUCAGGGCCCUAAUAGUUAUGAACUAGUGUUGGGUAAUAACUGUUUGUCACGGUGUCGUAAUUGA